CCGAAACUGAAGCGUUGAGUCCCGAGCGGCUGUUUCAACUACUGGGCUACUAAGUGUGGUGUCUUCUGCAUCUUUGUUAGUGAUUCGAUUUUGUAGUACGGGUGUUUGUUGGUUCAAUCUACGACUUAAACAUUUCUGGACUUGGUAUAAAAUUCAGUUUCACAGCUCACUUACGAAAAAUACCACUGACUUGCAGAAGACCUGUGUAUCUAUAAUUAGAUCCCACACGACUUGUCUUUUGGGGAUAUAAUACAGCCUAUGUAUAUAAUCUUCAGGCCACCUCCUUCAAUAAAACACAGUUAUGUUUGCGUUCCUCAACGUAUGGCGAGGAAGUUUGUUGAUACGAUGUACAUAUGUGGACAUAUGCUGAUACACCCAACGCCAUCCAAUAGUUUAACCAUGCUAAACCUUACCAGCUGGUUUUGAUAUAUCUAACUUCCGUUGUUUAUUCUCAUUAUAUGUAAAACUCGACAGAUAAUGAAAUACGUGACUGAUCUCACUAGUUUCACAAGUUGCGAUAUUUCUAACCUGUGCCUAGAUCAUAAGACGUAAUCAGUCUUCAGGCAUGGCUGCAAGUUAUUGUCCGAACCAUUCCCGACUGUUUUCUGAAAACUAUUCACACUGUUUGACUUUUAAUCAUCGAACCUUGUACGGUCCUAGAAAAGAUUACGCUCACUGAAAUAAAUCACUUAAUUCGUUGGUAAGUGCCAGUUUGGUGUAGUCAGGCGCUUACUCUUAUAACCUCCAGUACCCAUCCAUGCUCAUUAGGGUAAGUCUCUGAUAAUCCAUUGUUUUUUCUUACUAAAUACGCCGCAUAACAAGAUUUUAUUUCGAUGACUUGUCUUGGUCCCCAUAACAGAUAAACCUCACUGAAAUUUCCAAGUGGCUUCCCUUUUAAUGGCUGUUAAUUCCGUAAUCCCAUCAGAACUACGUCAAUUAAGAGCUUGCUUAUUAUGUGGUCUUGUGAAAACUCUUAACCAAUUUCAACUAAACGGAUGCGAAAACUGUGAGGACUUUCUAAAGAUGCAAGGAGACCGAGAAAAGGUAUAUGAAUGUUCUUCUGCUAACUUUGAUGGUUUACUUGCUAUGAUGUCACCAAACGACAGUUGGGUUGCAAGAUGGCAGAUGAUUGAUAAACUUACACCGGGUGUUUAUGCAAUCAGUGUCUACGGAUCUCUUCCUAGUGACAUAGUGCACUAUUUACGAAGCAAAGGGAUUUCUUAUCGAUCAUUAGACAAAAGUGGUAAAUAGUACCUUCCUCUGCUACGUGCAUUCAGCGACUUGGACAUUAAAUGACGUCUAUUGAACUUCAGACAAAACCUUUUUAUGAGAUCAACCUACCAGUUAUCUUCAUGUACAGUCUUUUCUCGAAAAAAACAAGAUCAAACUGUAAAAAUACACCAUUCUUCUGAACAACUGCCUUAUGCUAUUAGCAAUUAAACCUUUGCUUAGUAA